UUUUCCACGUCAGUGUGUUUACCAAGACCAGGUUGACAGCUGCAGGAAGGUGUUGAAUUUAUUCACUUAUGGGGCAUUUUAUUGAAUAGUGAACACAUAAUUGGAGUUUGGAAAUAUUACGUUAUGACGCAGUGGAAUGUCCGACAUUUUUUAUUCGGUCCUGUUGUCGUAGUGAACUGAACUUUGGUCUUCUUCAUUCACUGUUGGCCGGCUAGCCUGCUAGCUUGCCUCCCUCGGCUAGCAUUAGCUCCAGUCGGACUCCGUCUUCGGAAUAGCCGCCACACACAGAAAAGCAGCAUGGUGGACAAGAAUAUCUACAUCAUCCAGGGGGAAAUUGGCACCGUUGUUGGAGCGAUCAAGAGAAACUCCAGAUGGAAUACCCACACUCUACUGGACGAGGAACAGGACCCACUACUGAACAGCUUUGGCCACCUCAAGGAAUUACUCAACCACAUCCAAGAGCUCUCUGACGUCGAGCCCAAUGUUUUCCUGAGGCCCUUCCUGGAAGUGGUCCGCUCCGAGGACACCACCGGACCAAUCACAGGCCUCGCCCUCACUUCUGUCAACAAGUUCCUUUCCCAUGGCCUUAUAGACGCCGACCAUGAGGCCGCAGCAGAAGCCAUUGAGAACAUGGCCGACGCCGUCACACACGCCAGGUUUGUGGGAACGGACCCUGCCAGCGAUGAAGUGGUCCUGAUGAAGAUUCUCCAGGUCCUGCGGACUCUGCUGCUGACCCCGGUCGGAGCCCACCUGAUCAACGAGUCCGUCUGUGAGAUCAUGCAGUCCUGCUUCAGGAUCUGCUUCGAGAUGCGCCUCAGCGAGCUCCUCAGGAAGUCAGCUGAGCACACACUGGUGGACAUGGUGCAGCUCCUGUACUCCAGACUCCCGCAGUUCAAGGAGGAGGCCAAGAGCUUUGUGGGCGCCAACAUGAAGAAGGCUUACAAUAUCUUGUGGAAAAACAAACGAGUGCAGUUGAAGAUGCGCGCCGGUGGGAUGAGCGAGUCGUCCAAAUGGAAGAAGCAGAAACGCUCGCCGAGGCCGCCUCGCCACAUGGUCCGAAGUGCCUCCGGUCAGAUGGACUCGACCCAGUCCAGCACCCUCAGCAACAACAACCUUUCAGGCGGCGUCCCGUUCAUCGAGCAAGGCUCGUCCGCCUCGAGCCUCCCAGCUUCGGACAGCGCGGCGUCGUCCGUCUCCAGCCCCACGGCCACCGACAGUGGCCUGGACACCUGCUCCAAAGCCACCUCCAGGGAAGACCUUUCUGACCUGGAACAGUGCAACUCAUCGGCCACCACCCUUCCUGGGUCCGAGCCCGGCUCUCCGGACGCACAUUCUGAGGAGAGGCGGGUCGGACCGGCUCCGUCGGCCUCGGUGGAGUCCAUCCCCGAGGUUCUGGAGGACAAAGACUCCGUCACAGAGCAGUCAGACGGCAGCUCCAUCCAUGACAUAGACUACGUCAAUCCCAGAGGUGUGCGAUUCACACAGUCCACACAGAGAGACGGAGCGACCCUCAUCCCGUAUGGCCUGCCAUGUCUAAGGGAGCUCUUUCGCUUCCUGAUCUCACUGACCAAUCCACAAGACCGCCACAACACCGAUGCUAUGAUGCACAUGGGCCUGCAGCUGCUGACCGUCGCGCUCGAGUCGGCACACAUCACGAACUACCAGUCGUUGCUCGGACUGGUCAAAGAUGAGCUCUGCAGACAUCUCUUCCAGUUGCUGAGCGUGGACCGCAUGAACCUCUACACGUCCUCCAUACGGGUUUGCUUCCUGCUUUUCGAAAGCAUGAGAGUGCAUCUGAAGUUUCAGCUCGAGAUGUACCUGAAGAAGCUGAUGGACAUCAUCACGUCGGAGAACAUCAAGAUGCCCUACGAGAUGAAGGAGAUGGCUCUGGAGGCUCUGGUGCAGCUGUGGAGGAUUCCCAGCUUCGUCACCGAGCUGUACAUCAACUACGACUGCGACUUCUACUUCUCCAAUCUGUUUGAGGACCUCACCAAGCUGCUGUCCAAGAAUGCGUUCCCGGUGUCGGGGCAGCUCUACACCACCCACCUGCUGUCGCUGGAGGCUCUGCUCACGGUGAUCGACAGCACCGAAGCCCACUGCCAGGCCAAGGUGCUCAACAGCAGCGCUCAGCAGGACCAGUCCGACACCCUGCUGGCGGAGGGAGAAGCUUCCACCGCCAACGGAACCGACACCACAGCCGAUCCAAUCAGACUGGGCAGUACCAGUGAUCUGAGUCUUCCCCCAACUGAGAACGCACCGGUGUGUCCACCAACCAGUGGACAUCUGAUGGCGGAGAAGAUGAGACUGGGCAGACAGGACCAAGGGGAGAGCGACUCCGCUGAGAAGAGAGCCCCGAAAAAGCCCCAACGUUUUUCCUCAUGUUUACCCGAUUCCCAGGAGCUGGUGGACAUCAGAACUAAGAAAAAGCUGCUGAUCACCGGCACAGAGCAGUUCAAUCAGAAGUCCAAGAAGGGAAUCCAGUUCCUGCAGGAGAAGGGCCUGCUCAGCAGCCCUCUGGACAACGACCAGGUGGCCCAGUGGCUCCGGGAAAACCCCCGACUGGACAAGAAGAUGAUCGGCGAGUUCGUCAGCGACCGCAAGAACAUGGCGCUCCUGGACAGCUUUGUGAACACGUUCACCUUCCAGGGGCUUCGCAUCGACGAGGCCCUGCGGCUCUACCUGGAGGCCUUCAGGCUCCCUGGAGAGGCUCCCGUCAUCCAGAGACUCCUGGAAACCUUCACAGACAACUGGCAUAAAGUGAACGGCUCUCCCUUCGUGACCAACGACGCAGGCUUCGCCUUGGCCUACGCGGUCAUCAUGCUGAACACUGACCAGCACAACCACAACGUCCGCAAGCAGAACAUCCCCAUGACGAUCGAGCAAUUCAAGAAAAAUCUGAAGGGAGUGAAUGGAAAUAAAGACUUUGACCAGGACAUGUUGGAGGAUCUCUACAAUGCUAUCAAGAACGAGGAGAUCGUGAUGCCGGACGAGCAGUCCGGGUUGGUGAAGGACAACUACGUGUGGAGCGUGCUGCUCCACCGCGGUGCCACGCCCGAAGGCGUGUUCCUCCACCUGCCGCCCGGCAGCUACGACCACGACUUGUUCACCGUGACCUGGGGGCCCACCAUCGCCGCUCUCUCCUACGUCUUCGACAAGAGCCUGGACGACAACAUCAUCCAGAAGGCCAUCACCGGCUUCAGGAAGUGCGCCAUGAUAGCGGCUCACUACGGCUUCAGUGACGUGUUCGACAACUUGAUCAUCUCCCUCUGCAAGUUCACCACUCUGAGCAGUGAGUCGGUGGAAAACCUUCCGACAGUGUUUGGCAGCAAUAAUAAAGCGCAGACCGCAGCCAAGACGGUGUUUGACCUCGCCCAUCGACACGGCAACAUCCUGAGGGAGGGCUGGAAGAACAUCAUGGACGCCAUGCUCCAGCUGUUCAGAGCCGAGCUCCUGCCCAAAGCCAUGGUGGAGGUGGAGGAUUUCGUAGAGCCCAAUGGGAAGAUUUCUCUUCAAAGAGUGGAAACGCCUUCUAAUCGCGGGGAGUCGGCGGUGUUGAGUUUCGUCAACUGGCUGACGCUGAGCGGAGCCGAGCAGUCGGGACUCAGAGGGCCGUCCACGGAGAACCAGGAGGCCAAGCAGGCGGCCGUCCUCUGCAUAAAGCAAUGUGACCCGGAGAAGCUGAUCACAGAGAGUAAAUUCCUCCAGCUGGAGUCUCUCCAGGAGCUCAUGAAGGCUCUGAUAUCAGUCACCCCCGACGAGGAGACCUACGAUGAAGAGGAUGCCGCCUUCUGCUUGGAGAUGCUGCUGCGGAUCAUUCUGGAGAACCGAGACCGCGUGUCGUGUGUGUGGCAGAUGGUGCGAGACCACCUCUACCAUCUCUGUGUCCACCCCAACGAGAGCUGCUUCCUGGUGGAGAGGGCGGUGGUGGGACUCCUUCGGCUCGCAAUCCGCCUGCUGCAGCGAGAAGACAUCAGCUCUCAGGUCCUCCUCUCCCUGCACCUCCUGCUGAUGAUGAAACCCCCCGUGCUCUCCCGGGUCAGCCGGGAGGUGGCCUUCGGCCUCCACGAGCUGCUGAAGACCAACGCCGCCAACAUCCACAGCACCGACGACUGGUUCACGCUCUUCUCCCUGCUGGAGUGCAUCGGGGCCGGAGUGAAGCCCCCCGCCUCCUUCCAGCUCUCCUCCACCUCCACCGACAACGACACAGGAGCCCAGUCGGACGGCGAGCUGUCGUCUCACCACAUCAGUGAAGUGACUUUAGACCGCGGCUACACCUCCGACUCUGAGAUCUACACGGAGCACAGCAAGACCCGGAUCCCCCGCUCCACCACGGAGGUGGAUGUGGCGAGCAGCGGAUGGCUCGUGGUUGGGAAAGAUGACCUUGAGAUGAGUAAGACCCCUCCGGUGACCUCCAAAGCUCAGUUGAAUAACCCACUGGUCAACCAGUACAGUCUGACGCUGGGUCAGGACCACGGCCAGCACGACACCAAGUCUCUCAUCAAGUGCGUGGAGACGCUGUCGUUCAUCGUCCGCGACGCCGCCCACGUCACGCCGGACAACUUUGAGCUGUGUGUUCGAGCCAUCCGGGUGUUCGUGGAGGCGAGCCUCAACGGAGGUUACCGCAACCAAGACAAGAAGAAGAGCCACAAGUACGACUCCUCCAAGUCCCGGAUGAGGAAGAAGGCGGGGGGGCGGGACAAGGAGGGCGGAGCCGGAGCGAGGCGAGGUGGCAGCCGGGCGGCCAAUCAGCGUCCGUCGCGUUCCCACAGCGACGAGGAGGAGGACGAGGGCGUGCCGGCCAGCUACCACACGGUGUCAUUACAGGUUAGUCAGGAUCUGCUGGACCUCAUGCACACUCUGCACACGAGGGCCGCCAGCAUCUACAGCUCCUGGGCGGAGGAGCAGCGCCACCUGGAGGCCGCGGGGAGAAAGAUCGAGGCCGACUCCCAGACCCUGUGGACCAGCUGCUGGUGCCCACUGCUGCAAGGCAUCGCUUGGCUGUGCUGUGACGCGCGGCGUCAGGUCCGCAUGCAGGCGCUCACCUACCUGCAGAGGGCGCUGCUGGUCCACGACCUGCAGACGCUGGACGCCUCGCAGUGGGAGGCCUGCUUCAACAAGGUGCUUUUCCCCCUGCUGACGAAGCUGCUUGACAACAUCAGCCCAGCAGAUGUGAGCGGGAUGGAGGAGACCCGGAUGAGAGCCUGCACCCUGCUGUCAAAGGUGUUCCUCCAGCACCUGUCUCCUCUGCUGUCCCUGCCGACCUUCGCCGCCCUCUGGCUCACCAUUCUGGAUUUCAUGGACAAGUACAUGCACGCGGGAUCCAGCGACUUACUGCUGGAGGCCAUCCCCGAGUCCCUGAAGAACAUGCUGCUGGUGAUGGACACGGCGGGGAUCUUCCACAGCGCCGACUCCGGGACCGGAUACUCGGACCUGUGGGAGAUCACCUGGGAGCGGAUCGUGUGCUUCCUGCCUCACCUGAGGGAGGAGCUCUUCAAGCAGACGGUCAUCCCAGACCCAGGACCCGGUCCUCAAGCAGAACCCGCGCAGCCGUCAUCCCCUCGGGCGUCGCCGCCGCCGGCUCAGGCCCCCUCCCCGGUGAACCCUGCAGAGACCCGGACCUCCAGCAGGCCCGCAUCACCCCUGGAGCCCCAACCAGGGUCCGAGCGCUCGUCUCCGGUGCCGCACUCGAUGGCCUCCGUGCCGCUGACCACGUCCCCGCCCAUGGGCCCCUCCCCCUUGAGCCAGUCCCCCCUCAUCCUGCAGCCCCUCGCCUCCCCGCUGCAGGUGGGCGGCCCCCCCAUGCCGCUGCCCAUCAUCCUGAACCCCGCCCUCAUCGAGGCCACGUCCCCCGUGCCUCUGCUGCCCGGGCCGACGAGCCCUGCUGGCGAGUUCAAGUAAGAGAGCUCAACCCCCCCCCCCCCCCCCCAUUCUGUCCUCUUCCCAGACCACCACCCCUUAAACGACUGGAUCCCACAGACUUCAACUUCAAGAGCUUCACGGUUCUUCCUCUGAUGUCACACGUACGAGAAGAUAGAACCGCGGUGAAACUUCGACAUGUGAUGCUCGCCGCAUGUCCCGAUGUCCGGGAACUGGAAAAAUAAUGCAGGAGAGAUUAUAGGAUGAAGAGUACAAACCAGUGGAGGUGAAGAGGAAUGACAAACAUCUGGAGAUGAGGACCGGCUCAGAGGGCGCAGAGCUCACGGUGUCCACACGGGGGCGUGUCAUCGGGCUGUCGUUUUAAAGUCAACGCAUCGUAUGUAUAUAUAGAUAUAUAGAUCUAUAUAUAUCUAUAUAGAUAUAUAUAUAUAUAUUUAGGCCAAUACAUUAAAAUACUAAUUUUGUUUCCGGUUUUCCCGCCACGGAUGAAUUAUUUUGCGAGUGUGACGCUGCCGUCGGGUUCUUCUCUCGUCUCAUGAAAAGACCCAAAGUUUACGACCAGUGAGGCGGAGCAUGAACACACACAUCCUCUCCACUCAGUGUGUUGGUGGGCGAUGAAGGACACACACACACACACACACGAGUUGGAACUCUGUGUGGCUCUGCUGGUAGUUUGGGGGGGCGUGGUCUCAGGACGGUUACCGCCCCGGUUUCACACGUGGUAUGAAUCCCUAAUCGGAUCCUCAUCAGGUUUAUGUAUGUAAAUCAUACCCCCCCCCCCCCCCGUGUUUUCUCCUCCACAGAUCUGAACUGUUUCCACCCUGAAAGCUUUACAGAAAAGGAGUUAUUUAUUUAUUCACCAGUCACUUUGGUUCCCUCUCCUCCUGCAUGAGCUCUCUCGUCUCGCCCGGCAACAGCAUCCACGCGUUUCACUUCUGGCCCCCAGCAGAGGGCGCCAUGUGACCCUGAAGGCGUCUCACAGAUCAUGAAAGAGCCUUGUGUGUGACGACGAGAGCCCGUUGGACAAAGUAAUCACCCGACUGUAAAUACUGAAAUAUAUAAAGUGCACAAUAACAGAGUUAAGAUAGAAGAUUUAAAGAAUUCUAAUGAUUUUUGAACAAAUUUGAGUCCCGCGAGGUCAGAGGUCAGCGUCGGGGAGAGGACUCUGCGGUGAACUUCUCCUGCUCUCAGUCCCACCUGCUGAGGGCUCCGUGUUGCGUAAUUCCCCUUUGUAACCAUGGAAACACGCGUGCUCGUUAGCACGCGAGCGUCGGGUUUGUGACGGGGAACUUUAAAAAAAAAAAACUCCUCCGUUUACGACUAAGACGGUUUUGACCUUUUGACCCCUUGAAUACGGAAACGCCAACCUGACUUCUAGGAUUCGCUUUGAUUGGCCUUCCUCCCGCUCUGGGGCUCCGCCCACACGCCAAUCGUUUUAGGAGGAUGUUGACGCGUGGUAAUUCCGGAGCAAGUCGCCGCUUUAAUGCCAAAAAUGUGACGUGGCGUACGGCGCCGACGGUCCUCCUCUCGGCGAUGUGAAAACGUUAUUUAUUGACUUCUGGAGUCCAGCUGGUCAGGGGCGUCGUUGUUGUUGUUGACUCUUAUCAGGGGGCGGAGUCUCGCUUGAACAGAAAAUGACGUGGAUAUAAUGUGUAUAUAUAAAUGAAAAGGUAAUGUACUUUUUACUAUGUAAUAAAUAUAAUGUAAAGAAAGUAAA